AUGCAGCAUGAGAGGAUUGUGUCCCAAGUGCCAUUUAUAUCACCAGCCGCAGCGAGGACGGCACCAGCAGCAGCGAGGACAGCACCACCCACGACCCCCAGGGUCGAGCCCACAUCCAUUCCCGCCAGCACACCCCGAACCAUCCCGACGGACAUCCGACACCAAUUCCGGCAGCAGGACAUUGAGCGCGCCCACAUCGCGCAGCGGCAUCACGGUCCGGCCGGGCCCCGAUUCGACGACGAAGCGUUUUUGGUCAGUGAGGUCGAGAAGUGGGUGCAUCGGUGUUGGACAUGCACGCAGAGGGGAUAUGAUGAUGCGCAUGAGAUGUGGCGUUGUGGGUUUACCGGGGCCGGGGGAGCCAGCAGGGAAAUCCAGGCGAAUAAGGAUUGGAUGAAGAUGGUCCGCGGGAAGGUCCAGUAUGCCAAUUAUACCGCACAUUUCCCGUGUGGCAUGCCGCAGCACAUAUGUCCAUUGGGUGAUCAUCACGCGGACCAUAGCGAGGAGGUCCAAGAACGGUGUCGAGGAUACCGCACCGUGUUGAUUCCGAUGGUGGCCAUGAUGGGCAAGGGGCCGCAGCGAGAUGCGGAGGUCACGCAGCGAUGGUACCAGCGAUUGGCGUCGCGCGGGGUGGUGGAUCCAGAGCGGAAUGAUGAAGGGUUGAUUCAGUAUUUCGGACAGCGCGCGCCGGGGACGGCGCAGAAACGGUCGCAAUUGACGGAGGAGUUUAUUUGGUUACGGCGGGCAUAUGAUGGACGGGAGAGGUGCAGUGAUUAG